AAAAGAAACUUCUUCACUGAAAGGGUUUUCAAACACUAGAACACCCCAGGGUGGGUGGUUGGAUCCCCAUCGCUGGAAGGGUUUAAAAGCCACAGGGAUGUGGUGGCUGAAGGAUGUGCUUUAGUAUCGGGCUUGGCAGAGUUGGAGAAUGGUUCAACUCAAUGAUCUUAAAGGGCUUUUCCAAGCAAAACAAUCCUGUGAUUAUUGUGCUGCUAUCAUCUGGCAGGUUUAUACUUCCUCCUGGGUCCUGGUGGGUGUUUUCCAAGCUGUGAGGUAACCUUUCUCCCCAAAAAAGAUGACUCACAGAGGACAAAAUCAAGCAGAGCUCCUGGAGUCAGCAUCCUGGGCCUUGGCAGAGGGAUUAUUUUCAGAUGAAGAUGAAUCAGCUGUGUCAGACUUGCCCGGCAGUUAACUCUUGGCCCUUCUUCCGUGCAGCCACCCUCGUCUGGUGCUCAGACUGGAGGAGCUGCAGCAGCUGCGGCCCUAGGGCACACAGAGCCCCGGGCACCACCCGGCAGCUUCGGGUCCUAGCUCUCGCUGUCUUUCCCCCCCUUUUCCCUGGGGCAGCUCGGGAAGCAGGAGUGAGUGGGUUAAGGCGGGCGGCUGGGUGCUGCCUGACUGAGUUUGCACUUCCCGGUGCCUCCAGAAGAGCUCCGGGAGCAGCCCUGCUGCAGGGCCGGGCAGGGGGGGCGGCCACUGCAGCAGGGCCGGGAUGUCGCUGAGCGGCGGCUCCAGUCUCCUCCCCCUCGGCUGCUCGGCUGGAGGAAGGGGACGCAGGGCUCCGGGCAGGCGCUAACCCGCGACGGGGGCUCAUGCCGGGAGCUGGCCGAGCCCCGGGGCUGCUGCCCGCCUGUGCCGGGGAGGCGGGAGCCGUGCAGCCCCCGAGCAGCGGGCACUGGCUGGGAGCCUCCUCUGAGCUGCCGAGGUGAAGCUCGGGCUCCAAACCCCGCAGAGAGGAAGGGACCUGCCUGGCGCUUCAGCAUCUCCGGGUGUCCUCAGCUGCUGCUGGCGACUGGGCUGGAAGGACGGAGGGUCAGCAUCCGUUGUGUCGCCAUCCCGGCGGGCCAGCAUCGCAGCGGAGCAGUAUCCCAACAGAUAGGCAUCCCUGGACCAGCAUCCCAACCGUGCCUGGUACCUCGCAGAGAUAAAACUCCCAGUGUUUCCUCGAGAGAUGAUGCGUCCAAGCUGAUGGACAAGGUAGCUGCUGGCUUGGUACAUCUCAGUUCCAGAAGAGGUUUCUGGCGUUGCUGUAACUAUGGCAGAUACCUCAGAAGGGGUCAGUCUUCAUUGGACUAUGCCAUUUCAUGCCUGAGGCCUCCACGCCUGCCUAGGACAGACCAUAAAACUCUUGGAAGAGGCAGAGACAGGUUUUAAUGAGAACACUGAUGACACCCAUCUGAAAACAUGCCUGCUGUGACUCUCCCCUGAAAAGAGAGGAAGGAGCAUCCUCUGGAUUUGGGAAGAGGCACCGUUGCUCAGUGGAAGUCUCCUGCCUGCUGAGGAUCUGGGGGGAACAGGAGACUUCUCGCAGCUGCUGAGCUCUGCCCCAUGACUAACACAAAGGACCCGGAGAGAGCUAUGGACCCCCCUCCAGUGACCUCCAGCUCUGCGGCUGGCUCCGUCACCUUCUCGCAAGUUUUCGGUCAGCAGUGCCAGCUGAUGGAAGCAGCGGUGGAGUCACUGCAUUCCUUGAACGACCAGAUCUCCCAUUUUAUUGUCAGCAAGUCCAAAGCCCUGGAUGAGGAGGAAGAGGCCUUUUUGCCCAGCGAGAAGGAAUCUCUGAGGAAUGCCAUGAUGCUGAUGCGGCACCUCCUGAUGGAUGCACAGGCCAAAAUCCUGCACAUGAUGGACGACAACAAGCAGCUGGCGCUGCGCAUCGACGGGGCGCUGCAGGCGGCGGGCCAGGAGGUGACGGCGCUGCGGGCUGAGCUGGCCGCCACCGGCCGGCGGCUGGCGGAGCUGGGCAGCGAGCCGGCCAUGGAGCACGGCCCGCACAGCGCGCAAGCGCUGCUGCGGGAGGAGGUGGCCCAGCUGCAGGAGGAGGUUCACCUGCUCCGGCAAAUGAAGGAAAUGCUGACGAAGGACCUGGAGGAGGCGCACGGCAGCAAGUCACCAGAGGUCCUUUCGGCCACCGAGCUGAAAGUGCAGCUGGCGCAGAAGGAGCAGGAGCUGGCGCGUGCCAAGGAGGCUCUACAGGCCAUGAAAGCUGACCGCAAGCGCUUGAAGGUGGAGAAGACAGACCUGGUGAGCCAGAUGCAGCAGCUCUAUGCCACCCUGGAGAGCCGUGAGGAGCAGCUUCGAGACUUCAUCAGGAACUAUGAGCAGCACAGGAAGGAGAGCGAGGACGCGGUGAAAGCUCUGGCGAAGGAGAAGGACCUCCUGGAGCGGGAGAAGUGGGAGCUACGACGGCAAGCCAAGGAGGCCACAGACCAUGCCAGUGCCCUCCGCUCCCAGCUGGACCUGAAAGACAACCGAAUGAAGGAACUGGAGGCCGAGCUGGCCAUGGCCAAGCAGUCCCUUGCAACGCUGACCAAGGAUGUGCCCAAGCGUCAUUCCCUGGCCAUGCCAGGUGAGACGGUGCUGAACGGCAACCAGGAGUGGGUAAUGCAGGCUGACCUCCCGCUGACGGCCGCCAUCCGGCAGAGCCAGCAGACCCUCUACCACUCCCACCCCCAGCACUCAGCGGACCGGCAAGCUGUCAGAGUGAGUCCCUGUCAUUCCCGGCAGCCUUCCAUCAUCUCCGACGCCUCUGCGGCUGAGGGUGAUCGAUCGUCCACGCCAAGUGACAUCAACUCCCCCCGGCAUAGAACGCACUCCCUCUGCAACGGGGACAGUCCUGGACCAGUACAGAAGAACUUGCACAACCCAAUUGUACAGUCUCUAGAAGACCUAGAAGACCAAAAACGGAAAAAGAAGAAAGAGAAGAUGGGCUUUGGCUCCAUCUCCAGGGUGUUCGCCCGCGGCAAGCAGCGCAAAUCCCUCGACCCUGGCCUCUUCGACGGUACGGCCCCGGACUACUACAUCGAGGAGGACGCGGACUGGUGACCCCCGCUGGUGAUGCCAGUGCUGUACAUAUCACCCCCCCAGCCCACCCCACCUGUGGACGUGUUACCUGUUGUCUUGGGAACGAUGCAGUGUUGUCGCUUCAGGUUUUUUGCCCCCUCUUCUUUUUUUGUUUCGUGUUUUUCCCGCCCCCCCCCUCCAACCACUUAACUCCUUCGUUGCCGCUUUGCUUCAUCACGUCGGGGUUGGUUGUUGGGGUUUGGGAUGGGGGUUUUGGUUUCUUAUUUUUGGUUGGUUUUAAUUCUUUUUUUUGACAAAACUUGAAACUUGAAGGACUGCUGUGUCUCUGUAAAUACCAGAAUCGUUGUGCACUUUGUGCUUGUGAUGUCCUCUUGUCCCCAGACCCUCUCGUUUGCCAGAGCCCAGCCCCGCGGGAUGUCCUCACUCAGGGGACCCAAGGACCUGCCCAGCUGAGGGACACACACAUACAUGGGGGAAAAAAAGAGGAAAAAAACCCAAGAAAACCUGAGAAAAAAAAAUCUCAUUUGCUGUGAUGUCUUCCUGGUUGAACCCCAUGGAGGUGCCCAAGGGCUGCUUGUGAUGUUGGCUGGUCUGGAAAAAAUGUUUUCCUCUUUUCGUUUCUCUUCUUUUCUUUUCUCUUCCCUUUCCUUCCAUUUCCUUCCCUUUCCUACCCAGUUGUUUUAAUUUAUUUGCACAAACCCAGAGGAGCUAUUCUAAAACUUAAAUUAUUGCAUAAAAUCUUUUUUUUUUUUAAUUUUUCUAUUUUUCCACAUUGCUUGGUUGGGAUGGGGGUGGGGAAGAGGAGGAAAAGAAAAGGUGAAAAAAAAAAAGAAAUGGGUGUGUUUGUACUGUAAUAAUCCUGGGAAGCUGCUGCUGGGGGUUAGGUGGGAAGAGAACUGAGCUGUUGAGCUCCUUGGUGGCCCUCAGCUGUGGCUAUCCCAGGGGCACUUAAAAACGCCUUGGAAAACACAAAUUUAAUCCAUGCUGGGAAAUCAGAUGGGGGGGGAGGGAAGCUUUAGGGUGCGGGGGAAGGUUGGGUGUGGAGCUUCACCCACUGCUUUUCCCCACCUCGAUGGUCCUCACUCUUUGCUUCAAGUAAAAUUUGGAGGAUCCAGCAUGAGCUGGGAGAAAGGGGGAGGGGAAAGGAGAUAUCCCAAGAUAUCCCCAAGAGGUUGCUCCAUCCCACUCCCAUCCUGAGGUUUUCUUGCUGUGGGGAGGACUUGGGGCAAUUGGUACGAAGCCCUCCCCACACACACACACUGUGGAAGUGGUGGUGGCGGCGGUGGGAGGUGUUUCAUGGCACUGGGGUGGGGAGGGGGAUGGUUUUUAAGUGCAAGUUGAGCUUGUGCUUCCUGAAAUCCCUUGGAAAUGCCCCUCCCCCGAAAAAACAAACAUAAACUGCAACCCAGGGCCUGGGGUGUGCUUCCCCUCUCCGCUGCCGCGCGCUCUGCUUAUGCCAGGAUAAGUACCUUAUGCUUUAAUGCUUACCAUAUAAUUUUAAGCUCUUAAAAAUACAAACAAACAAAGGAAAAGAAAAAAUGUAUUAAGAUUUAUUUAAGGAUGCUUAUAAUAGUAGUAGUUUUUUUUCUUUGUUCUAAUAACGUUGAAAGGGGGAAAAAUAACAAAAAAAGAAGUUGGUUUUUUUGUUGUUCUUUAUUUUUAUCUUAAACCACCCAAUUAAGAUACCCUCACCCUGUGGACUUCCUACCCCAAGGGGAUGAUGACGCAGAGAAGCCACAAAAGUGGAGGGGGAGGGUGUGGUAUGACUUAGAGGGACACCCCACACCCUUGGGUAGGGUUUGCCCUGUGGCUGCUUUUUUGCUCUGCAGAGAAGCAUUUUUAAUGCAUUUUGGGUUUUCUUUUAAUGUCGUGGGGUUGGUUUUUCUGAUUGUUGUUCUCUUUGCGUUUGGGGUUUUUUAAAAUCAUUUAAAGCAGAACUCACCUGGAUCAGAUGAGCAAAUCUCCCUCUUACCAAGUAGUUUCCUUUUGCAUUUCAGCUCUUUUCUUUUGUUUUGUUUUUUGGGGGGUGUUUGUAAAUUAGCAAAUAAUUAUUUUAUGAAACACAGGAAAAAACUUACUAAGAGGAUGAUUUAUUUAAAUUUAAAUAGUGUCUGAAUUAUGGGUAACAGUAGAUUUAACUUUUUUUUUCCCUUGUCUCCCCCCCCACCCCCCUGUGAAGUGUGGGGGGAAGAAUCUUUGAAGGCAUGGAUGCAAAUAUAAAAUUAUAAAAGAUCUAAAUAAAGCUUAUUUUAAAGUA